CCCGCAGAGAUUUAUGAGAAGAAAGAAAAGAAAAAGAGAAAAGAAGAAGCAGAGGAACCAGAGCAGAAGGUACCGACGGAGGUUCACCUGGAAAAACACCAAAACUGCAGCAAAAACAGGACAAGGCGGACUUUGACAAGUUUGAGGAGCACUUCUGCUCAGAUUCUGGCUCUUAAAUCUUCAGAGGAACAUUUGUUCUUCUUCUGUCUCGGAGCUGGAGGAUGUCACCGGGACGCACCUCCGUCUGUACCCGGACCCGGGGCUCCUCCGCCGCCGCCGCACAGCUCUGACAGCCCCGUGCUGCCGGAGAACCCAGAACCAGAAGCAGAAGCAGAACCCGCACUGGAUGUGGAUCAGACCUGGGGCUUCAGGAUGUCCCCGGAGCUGACUGUGGGGGUGGUCUUCAGGGUUCUGCUGCCCCUCAGUUUGACUGCAGCAUGUGUGUUGCGGUUUAAUGGAUUCUCUUUGGUCUACGUUCUGCUGCUGCUGCUACUUCCACUGCUACCUGAACCCAACAACAACAACAACACUGGUAAUACAUGUCGCUGUGUGACGGCGGUGUGUGUGUCCAGUUUCCUGUUUCUACUUCUGCAGUCGUUUUUCCAGCUGACGACAGCAACACUGCAACCAGAGUACAACUGUACAUCAUGGCAGAAAGCUCUCAGUCAGCUCGGCCUCGUGAGUUUGACAGGAAGUGAUGCGGGCUCUGCAGUGCGACAGGUUCUUCCAGACAUUGGCGUGUUGGUCGUUGGUCUGAUGACGUGGAGGCUCAGUAUGAGGACGCACGCGCCGCCUGUGCCAGAGGAACAGAUGUCUGAGGAAGACUCUGUUCUCGCAGAUGAAGAGGAAGAGGAAGAAGAGGAGAACGAAAGUGGCAGGAACAGGGUUCUGGUUGAACUGGAGUUACUGGUUUGUAAAACCAGACAGAUACUGGGAAACAUGACCACAACAGGAGGGAAAGUCCUGCUGACGGUUCUACUGGGACUGACAGGUAUUGUGUUUCCGUCCCUCCCGUCCUUCCUGUACCUGCUCUGUUUCCAGGUGUUGUGCACCUGGUGGGCGUGGUCAGGUCAGGUCCCUCCCUUUGUCUUCAGGUGUGCAUCUGUUGUGUCACUGCUCUACUCCGCCUCCCACUUCCUCCUCUUCUACUGCUACCAGCUGCCGUCACUGCAAGAGGCGUGGCCACCCAACCGCACCUCUGCCAGUGUGUUCGGCCUGGUGUCGGUGGUGUCGGUGGACUGUGCUGCCCCCUGGAGGCUGCAGGUGAACUCUGACCUCCACUGGUUUCACUUCAGCAGUCCUCUGAUGCUGCUGCUGCUCUACCACACUGUGGCCAGUUUGUGGAGGAACCAGCUCAUCGAUGGUAUGCAGGGGCCGGACAUAGAGAAGGCGGAGUCAGUAGUUUCCAUGAGUUGUCACAUCAUCCAAACCACAGCAAAUAUCAGCGAUGACAUCAGGAGUGACCUCACAGCAGAGAAGCGGAGAGAGUUGUGGAGGAGAGCACAUGAUAGGCCGGAGAGCAGAGAGGUUUCAUCUGCCAAUGACAGUCCCUCUGACUCUUUUGCCCCACCCACCCAAAGCACAGCUGUAGGAUUGGACAUGUGCUCCACGCCUCAUUGCUCUGCCAGCCAGUCAGACACAUUGGAAACAUGUGUUUUCGACACCUAUGGUGAAGGAUGGGAUGAGACAGAGAACGAGGAAAAAGUGAUGAAGAGGGGGGCGGAGCCUGUGAGCGCUGCUUCAUUAGCAUUUGGUUUCCUUCUGAAGCAGAGUUACAUCUGCGCUCUGAUCUCCAUGAUGGCCUGGUCCAUCACAUAUGUGUCCUGGCUCACGUUCGUUCUGCUGUUGUGGUCAUGUGUUCUCUGGAUGAUGAGAGAGAGACGCAAAUAUACGCUCAUGUCUUCGCCUUGGCUUGUCGCCUAUGGCAACCUGCUGGUGAUCCUGCAGUACGUAUACAGCUUCGGUGUUGCCAAGGAAGAACCAGGACUGUUCCCGAAGAAGGAAGAGCCCUUCAGGGAGCUCGCAUCUAAGUUAGUGUGUCUGUUGACGUUCUGGUUGCUGCUGCGUCAGGCGAUCACUGAGAAGAGAGACAGACAGAAGUCCACACAGACAGGCACACACCUGUCUGACAUCAUCAUCCACACUGAAGAGGACCAGACGCAGGAGAAAGAGAAGGAUCUGUCCUGUGAUGAGGUCUUUCUUCUGGGCUCAGCUGCAGAAGGAGGGGUUCAGAUGGAGACGCUGGUUGCCGUGGUAACCCGGAUGUUUGUUAAAUACUGGAUCUAUGUCUGUGGAACAAUGUUCUUCUUCGUCAGCUUUGAGGGGAAGAUCGUCCUGUACAAAGUAAUUUAUAUGGUCAUGUUCCUGUGCUGUGUGGCGCUCUACCAGUUACAUUACGAGCGUUGGCGUACCUUGCUGCGCGGAUUCUGGGUAGCAGUGGUGGUCUACUCUAUGCUUGUCCUCAUCCUGGUUUACACUUUCCAGUUCCCAUCGUCACUCCACACCUGGAGCUACUACACUGGACUGAGCAAACACAGAUUGGAGGAUCUUGGUUUGGAAAAGUUCUCUGUUCCUGUUCUCUUCACUCGGAUCUUCAUCCCUACUGCAUUCUUACUAGUUUGUAUCGUACACCUUCAUUACUUCCAUGAGCCAUUCCUCCAGCUGACCGACCUGAAGACUGUGGUUGACACGCACAACAGCACCAUCACCAGAUUGGUCCACGCUGAUGGCAGCUUGGUUGACCUGUCAGUGGGUGGAGCAUCUCACCUGGAGGUGGAGAAGAGAAGAGGCCAGAAAGACAGAAAAGAAGAGUCUCAAGAGGAAUGGAGAGAGGAGGAAGAGGUGGAGGAAGAGGUGGAGGAAGAGGAGGUGGAGGAAGAGGAAGAGGAGGAGGAGGAGGAGGAGUACCCUUGUAUGUUUGACAGGGAAACAAUGUCAGAUCACAUGACAGGGUUGGUGUCCUGGAGGUUGGUGGUGGAUCGUCUGUCCGUCUUGUUCCUGAACCUCCUCCUGUCCGUCCAGCGCCUACAACGCCUCCUCUGGUGGCUUCUGGAACUACAUAUCAUUAAGAUUGUCUCCACCUACAUUAUCUGGGUCUCAGUGAAGGAGGUCUGUGUGUUUAACCUGGUCUUCGUGCUGUGUGUGGCGGUGGCUCUGCCCUGCAGACCGUGGCGCCCCCUGCUGUCAGGAGUCUGUACUGUCUGGACAUGUGUGGUGACCGUCUGCAAGAUGUUGUACCAGCUGAACGUCGUCCAGCCAAUCAGAUACUCAGCCAACUGCACCACGCCAGGUAACUCCAGCAUUGACCUGUCCGGCUCCGUGUUGUACUCAGGGCCAGUUGACCCCGCCCAGUGGGUGGGGCUUCGUAAAACCGAUGGAAAACUGCUCGACUACCUGAGGUAUAACCUGAUGAUGCUGGCGCUAUUAGCCUUUGAAGUCACCAUUUACAGACACCAAGAGUUAUACCGUCUCCGUAGAAACAAAACUCCGCCUCCCACCAGGACACUAUUCCACGAUGUCACCAGGCAGCAGCUGGAUGACAAUGUGGUAACCUGCGCUAAGUACUUCAUCAACUACUUUUUCUACAAGUUUGGACUGGAGACCUGCUUCUUGUUGGCUGUCAAUGUCAUUGGUCAGCGCAUGGACUUGUUUGCUGUAGGCCAUGCCUUUGGCCUCAUCGCUAUCCUAUCACAACGCAGCAGGAAACGCAUCGCCUCAGUGUGGCCAAAGUACUGCUACUUCCUGUCGGGGCUGCUGUGUUUUCAGUACCUGCUGUGUAUUGGGUUUCCUCCUGCUGCUUGUAAAGAUUACCCCUGGAGGCCUCCAUCCUCCAACAUGGACUCCAACGUGGUGAAAUGGCUUUUCCUCCCCGAUCACCUGACCCCUCCCAACCCACUAUUCCUCCUCUAUGACUUCAUGCUACUCCUUGGUGCCUCCCUUCAGCUGCAGGUCUUUGAGGAGGAGGUUCAGCUCCAGGUCCAGGUUCUGGCUGGAGACAACAGUGAGCUGGAUGGAGAUGAUGAUGAACAGACCUCUGAUCCAAUCAGACAACUCCGUCUGAACACUGUCCCUGACUUCAUGCUGUGCAGGUCCUACCUCGAUAUGAUGAAGGUCAUUAUAUUCUGCUACAUGUUCUGGUUCGUUCUCACAAUCAUAUUCAUCACUGGGACGACCAGGAUCAGUAUCUUCUGUAUGGGUUAUCUGGUAGCCUGUUUCUACUUUCUGUUGGUGGGCGGAGACUUACUACUGAAACCGGUUAAAUCCAUCCUGGUUUACUGGGACUGUCUGAUUGGAUACAAUGUGUUUGUCAUCACCAUGAAGAACAUCCUGUCGAUUCUGGCCUGUGGCUUCAUUAAGUCGUUGGUGUUAAAUCAUUGUUGGCUCAUUCAGCUCUUCAGUUUGGCCUGCACCAUCAAAGGAUACACCAAACCGGAGCAGCAGAGCAGUAAACAGUGUGAGUUGCCUAGCGAUGAGGCAGGCAUCAUCUGGGAUGGUGUCUGUUUUUGCUUCCUGCUGCUGCAGAGAAGAGUUUUCAGGAGUCACUACUUCCUGUACGUGGUUCUUGACCUGCACAACACACAGCUGUUGGCCUCCAGGGGGGCGGAGCUCUUUGAGGCAUCCACAGUGAAAGCUGUUCGAGCACGACUGGAGGUGGAGAAGACCUCCAUGGACCUACUGAAAAGACAGAUGGAGAGGAUUAAAUCUCGACAGCAGAAGUUCCGCAGAGGAAAAGAGAAGAUGCUCAGUUUGACCCAUGACAGCUCCCACACUGGUCAGGAAAACAAGAAGGGGCAGCAGCCAAAGGAGUGGUGGAGGCCUUGGGUUAACCACGCCUCCAUGGUGAGGAGUGGUGAUUACUACCUGUUUGAGACUGACAGUGAGGAGGAGGAAGAGGAGGAGAAAAAAGAGGAUGAGGGGAAUAAGGAGGAGGAACUUCCUGAGAAGUCAGCCUUCCAGUUUGUCUACCACGCCUGGAUAACUGACUCCAGAACAGCGAUGAGAGCUCGCAGCAACCAUCAGAAACUGUUGAACAGGAAAUCAUCUGAGCGACGGAGCAGGAGGGAGGAGAAGAAAGGGGCAGGAGGAGUCAUUGAGGUGUCAGUGGAGACUGAGGAUGAUGGCGAGGAUGAGGAGACGGAGGAAGGACCAGACACAGUGUUACGUCGGCUCUCCAACACAUUGCGGUUCUGCUGGGUUCUGCUGUCGGCUCUGCUGGACUCUCUGACUGCCUGGCUCAGCAGUCUGUGUCAGGAGCAUAUUGACAUCUCCACCGUGCUUCGCAUCGAGCACUGUAUGCUCACCCAGCAGGCCAAGCAGGGUCACGUGCCUUCUAGAGAGGCAAUUCACAUCUACUACCAGGAACAGAUGAUGAAAUCCUCCAGAGAGUCAGGUCUGGACUUCAGUUCCCAUGACGAACAGAGGCAGAUCUCAGCAGAAGGAGGAAUACUGGAGCAGGACAAUGAAGUGGAAAGGAAAGAAGAGGAAGAGGAAAAAGGAGGUGGAUCAGCAGAGGAGAAACCAGAGGUGAGUCCAGGAGGAGACGAUCUAUCGGAACCAGGACCAGCAGAACUUCCAUUAGAAUCAGGUCCAGCAGAGGGAGUUCAACCAGUGACACCAGAAUGUACAGUCAUGAAAACCAGCCAGAGGUCCCGACCCAGACUGCUGAGGAUGAGGAGAGUUGAGUCUUCAUCAUCGUGUUCAUCAUCAGAAGAAGGAAUCAGUCAUCACAGUCUGAACAGUGGAGAAGUUGUGGAGCAGCUUCCUGUCGACAUUUGGCCGACUCAGACCGUCACCUCCUCCCCGACCUCCAUCGCCUCCGUCCUCCUGCCUCCGUCCUACAGCCUUGCUCUUGGUCUCGACCUCCAGCAGGAAGAGGAGGAGGUGAGGUCAGAGUUCAGGAGGCGAACAGCAGAGGACAGGAGCGACGUCCUGUCUGACUCUACCUCUACUUCCUGUCCGCUUGCGUCUCGUACUCAAGAGCUGACGGCAAGCGAGCUGCUGAGGAACAGGACCUUCUAUGACACCGAGCUGGAGGCGUCAGACCGCUUCUACGGCAACCAGCCCCAGCUGCUGCAGCUGUGCUACGCCCUCUACAACAUCCUGGCCGCCAGGUCGGAGACAGUUUGUUACCUGGUCAUUGUGUUAAACCACAUGGUGUCCGCCAGCUGUCUGACAUUAGUACUUCCUGUCCUGGUGUUUCUCUGGGCGACGCUGUCUGUCCCUCGGCCCAGUAAGACCUUCUGGAUGACGGCCAUCAUCUACACUGAGGUCACCAUCGUCAUCAAGUAUUUCUUCCAGUUUGGUUUCUUUCCUUUCAAUCAGAAGCUGGAGGUGGACCGCUCGAAACCCUUCCAUCCUCCAAACAUCUUGGGGGUGGAGAAGAAGGAGGGCUAUGUCAUUUAUGACCUGCUGCAGCUUCUUGCUUUGUUUUAUCACAGAGCCAUUCUGAAGUGCCAUGGACUGUGGGACCAGAGCAUCUCCGUGGAGACCGAUGUGCUUCAUCACCAUGGUGAAACCACUUCCACGUCCAUGGAUCCAACGGAUUCUGCUAACACUCUGCGUCGUCGAAUCAGACAUCGAACGUGCUCCAGCUCCACCCAGCUGCGCUCUCCCGCAGGCAGCAUGAGCUCCAAAGCUCAGCCUCCCUCUAAGUUGGACUUGCUACUGGAGAAACUCCGAGAACUUUCCAUCAGAGCCAAGAAGUUCUCCGUUAGCAGGUGUAUGUCAGUUUACCAGCCGGUCUGUCAGUUCUUCAGAGCUCUCGUCCAACCAGAGUACAGCGCCGUCACAGACGUUUACGUCCUCAUGUUCUUAGCCGACACUGUGGACUUCAUCAUCAUCGUCUUCGGCUUCUGGGCCUUUGGGAAACACUCUGCGGCAGCUGACAUCACUUCCUCUCUCUCUGAAGAUCAAGUGCCUGAAGCCUUUUUGGUCAUGGUCCUCAUCCAGUUUGGGACCAUGGUGAUAGACAGGGCUCUGUAUUUGAGGAAGACCGUUUUAGGGAAGUUGGUGUUCCAGGUGAUCCUGGUGUUUGGGAUUCAUUUCUGGAUGUUCUUCAUCCUGCCGACGGUCACCGAGAGACGUUUCAAUCAGAACCUGGUGGCUCAGCUGUGGUAUUUCGUAAAGUGUGUAUACUUCAGUUUGUCGGCCUAUCAGAUCCGAUCCGGAUAUCCGACCAGAGUCCUGGGAAACUUCUUGACCAAGAGCUACAAUUACCUGAACCUGUUCCUGUUCCAGGGGUUCCGGUUGGUUCCGUUUCUUACGGAGCUCCGUGCAGUGAUGGACUGGGUUUGGACGGACACCACCCUGUCUCUGUCCUCGUGGAUCUGCGUGGAGGACGUCUACGCCCACUGCUUUGUCUUAAAGUGCUGGAGGGAGUCAGAGAAGCGCUACCCGCAGCCUCGGGGCCAGAAGAAGAAGCGUGUGGUGAAGUACGGGAUGGGUGGCCUCAUCGUUCUCCUGCUCAUCUGCAUCGUCUGGUUUCCGUUGCUCUUCAUGUCUCUCAUUAAGUCGGUGGCCGGAGUGGUCAACCGCCCGCUGGACGUCUCUCUGACCAUUACGCUGGGAGGUUUUCAGCCAAUCUUCACAAUGAGCGCACAGCAGAAUCAGCUCCGAGAUCUGACUGAGGAAGACUUCAGCUCCAUCAGCUCCUACAGCUACACACCUAGUGCCUUGCAGUUCCUAGAGGCAUAUAGUCAUGAGGAUGUGACGAUGGCGGAACUUCAGGGCAGCAGUAACUCUCUGUGGACCAUCAGCCCCCCCAGCAGACAGUACCUGAGCCAAGUUCUGAACCUGGAGCACUUCCCCCUGACCCUGUCCUGGACCAUCCAAAGGAACUUGAGUUUGGGGGCGAAGGCGGAGCUUGCAUCUGGUAAACAUGUGACAUACCUGGAUGAUCAGACCCGCCUGGAGCUGAUCCAGUUGCUGAAUGGAACCAGGACACUUCCUGUGGUAAUUCAGGAAGUGUUUCCAUGUUUCAUCCGAGCCCCAAGUGACUCCAAUGCCAAACCCAUCGAACAGCUUUACCCAGAUGACCGGUAUAAGGAUAUCCUAUUGGCCCUGGAACGAUCAACCAAUCAGAGCAAAGAGAUCCAGGAAUGGUGGAUCGUUGACCAACCAGCUGCCAGCCUGGUCCCUGUCGGGGGCGGAGCCUUGGCAGGAGAGCGACGGGAGGCGGGGCUUCAGUUGUUUGUGUUCAGCGAUAAAGUCAGUCCUCCUAGUCUGGGCUUCCUGGCUGGAUACGGCAUCAUGGGACUGUACGCAUCAGUGGUUCUGGUGAUCGGGAAGUUUGUCAGAGAGUUUUUCAGUGGAAUCAGUCACUCCAUCAUGUUCGAGGAACUUCCUUGUGUCGACCGCAUCCUCAAACUCUGCACCGACAUCUUCCUGGUGAGAGAGACAGGUGAGCUGGAGCUGGAGGAGGAGCUUUACGCCAAGCUGAUCUUCCUAUAUCGAUCACCUGAGACUCUGAUCAAAUGGACGCGACGCUGACCUCAUCCCUCUGCCCAGUAUUGAUUAUCAGACUUUGACAUCAUCAGCUCCACCCAGUAUUGAUUAUCAGACUGUGACAUCAUCAGCUCCACCCAGUAUUGGUUAUCAGACUGUGACAUCAUCAGCUCCUUGAUGAUCGCCUUUUGCUGCUGUCGUCUCUGAAAUGUGAACUGAAAAAAGUGUUCUGUCAUUGUUGUCGCUCCUCCACAGGGAGUGCUCUCCAUGGGUUCUACAUACUCCAUGUUCUUCAAACAUUUGACACCUUUUCCAUAAACUGUCCAAACUUUCAGCGUGUUUAGUACAUGUUCUCCACAUUCUCCUGAAGUCCCAAUAUAUUCUUCACUCUCCAAAUGUUCUCUGUACUCUCUAAAGGUCCUCCACAUUCUCUAAAUGCUUAACACUUGUUCUCCAAGCAUUAUCCACCUGUUCUAGUCCUGUUCUUCACAUGUUCUCCUUAACCUAUUGCCUAUACUUCCUCGACAUGUUUUUGUCAAUAUGUUGUUCUUAUGUUCUCCAUAUUUUGUCUACAUUUUUUCAUUAUCCCCAUAUUUUCUCUACAUUUUGUUCUUAUGUUCUCCAUUUUUUCUUUACGUGUUCAUUUUAUGUUCUCUGUAUGUACUCAGCAAGUUCUUCUUAUGUUUUCUGUAUUUUCUCAACAUGUUCUUACAUUCUCUGUAUGUUCUCAACAUGUUUGUCUUAUGUUCUUUGUAUUUUCUCGAUAUGUUCUCUGGAUCUUUUCUACAUGUUCUUAUCUUCUCUGCAUUUUGUCAACAUGCAUUUCUUAUGUUCUCCAUAUUCUCUCAUCAUGUUCUUCUUAUGAUUUCCGUAAUAACUCAACAUGUUCGUCAUAUGUUCUCCAAACCCGACCCUUUGAAAGAAAUAAAUGCCAUUGGUGAUAAUGAACAGAGAACAGUGGAUGAUCUGUCUGUAUUUCGAUAAACUCUACAUUGUAUCAUGAACAUCUCUGAAUAUGUUCUAAUCCAUACAGUGUGUGAAAUGUUCCUGUUCUCAAGGAUAAUGGAUCUAUUUAUUUGCUUAUGUUCCUUCUCAUGCUUGUUGCUUUUUAACAUUGAGGCUGUGAAAGUUACACAACAUUAAAUGGAAAUGAAACCA